UGAAAUCGAUGGAGUAUGAAUUAGGCAAAGCUUAUAUCGGAGGAUAAAUUUGAAAAUUCAAUUUUUUUUUUUUUUCAUUUCCAUCGUAUACUUGCUCCCUUCCCCUCCAUCCAGCAGAAGUAUAGAACCAAAGUGGAAGCAUAGUUACAACUUACAGCAGAUUCAGGUAGUCUAUAAAAGGCCGAGGAGAAACAAUGUCAUUUCGCAAUUCUGAGCUAUGGCGAACCUUCAUCAAAGAAGCUUUCAAUGUACCAGUAAAAUUAGUCAAAUUCUGUUGCAUGCUCCACAUCACUCGCACAUACAUUCUCGAUUUUGCUUAUGCUCCAGGUCCCAGCAUGCUUCCAACCUUAAAUCUCUCAGGUGAUAUUCUGUUAGUAGACCGAAUUUCGCCUCGAUUUCGCAAAGUUGCUCCGGGUGAUAUCGUCCUAGUUGUUUCGCCUGAAAACCCUAGGAAAAUCAUCACUAAGCGAUUAACUGCUAUGGAAGAUGAUAUUGUGACGUUAUCUUCUGUGGAUCCUGAUAACACUGACAAAUGCGAUACUCUUGUGGUGCCGAAGGGGCAUAUAUGGGUACAAGGAGAUAAUAUAUAUGCCUCUAGGGAUUCAAGAGACUUUGGCCCUGUUCCUUAUGGUCUUCUUUAUGGAAAAGUAUUCUGGAGAAUUUGGCCGAUCAAACAAUUGGGACCAUUGUGAUGAGUUCUUAUAGCCCAGGAAAGGGUUCGUUUCUAUCAGAGAUCGUUAAAACUGCACAAACAUUCAACGGAAUGAAACUGGUACAUGCUUGAAUCUCCCCAUGAUGAUUUAUUUGAAGAUCAUGAAAUCAGGCUUAUUUUGGAAUUGAAGGCUAGUCUCUAUUGCAUGUUGGAUUCAUUUGCCCAAUACAAGAUGGAUGCAUGAUCAUUUGUAACAUUUUGGUCAUUGAAUUUUGUCAAGAAAUGGAUGGGGUACGAUGGUAAGUCAUCAGUACUCGGUAGUACAUUUUCGAGAAGUGAAUUUUUUGUAAGAUCCUAUUAUGUUGGUAUUACUGUUUUUGCUCGAUUCUUAGCAGUAUUAUUGCAUGGCCAACUUCUCGCAGCACUGUUGUAACGGUUAUACUAGACUUCUUGUGGUAUGUUGUACCUUAUUCCGAGCUAGUCAUUUUGCUGCGUUAUAUUGUUGGCUAUCUCCCCUCCCUUUUGGUUGGAUAAUCGUGUGGUAAAGCAUGGGUUGCAUUACAUCAUUGUUGCUUUCUCAUCAGAUAGUGCAUCUUGCUCUCAUCUUGUCACAAGGAUUUGGAAUUGUACUUUUGUAUAUAGAACAUAGAACAGCUGGUGAACUGAAACAGUUCUGAUUGUUAUAUGAGAAAAAGUGUGAUGUCGUAAAUUGUCCUUA